GCUCCCCGGUCGCUCUCCUCAGGCGGUCGCCCGCGCUCGGUGGAUGUGGCUGGCAGCCGCCGCCCCCUCCCUCGCUCGCCGCCUGCUCUUCCUCGGCCCUCCGCCUCCUCCCCUCCUCCUUCUCCUCCUCAGCCGCUCCUCUCGCCGCCGCCUCCACAGCCUGGGCCGCGCCGCGAUGCCGGAGAAGAGGCCCUUCGAGCGGCUGCCUGCCGAUGUCUCCCCCAUCAACUACAGCCUUUGCCUCAAGCCCGACUUGCUGGACUUCACCUUCGAGGGCAAGCUGGAGGCCGCCGCCCAGGUGAGGCAGGCAACCAAUCAGAUUGUGAUGAAUUGUGCUGAUAUUGACAUUAUUACAGCUUCAUAUGCACCAGAGGGAGAUGAAGAAAUACAUGCUACAGGAUUUAAUUAUCAGAAUGAAGAUGAAAAAGUCACCUUGUCUUUUCCUAGCACUCUCCAAACAGGUACAGGAACCUUAAAGAUAGAUUUUGUUGGAGAGCUGAAUGACAAAAUGAAAGGCUUCUACAGAAGUAAAUAUACUACCCCUUCUGGAGAGGUGCGUUAUGCUGCUGUCACACAGUUUGAGGCUACGGAUGCUCGGAGGGCUUUCCCUUGCUGGGAUGAGCCUGCCAUCAAAGCAACUUUUGAUAUCUCGUUGGUUGUUCCUAAAGACAGAGUAGCUUUAUCAAAUAUGAAUGUAAUUGAUCGGAAACCGUACCCUGAUGAUGAAAAUGUAGUGGAAGUGAAGUUUGCCCGCACACCUGUCAUGUCUACAUAUCUGGUGGCAUUUGUUGUGGGUGAAUAUGACUUUGUAGAAACAAGGUCAAAAGAUGGUGUGUGUGUCCGUGUUUACACCCCUGUUGGCAAAGCAGAGCAAGGAAAAUUUGCGUUAGAGGUUGCUGCUAAAACCCUGCCUUUUUAUAAGGACUACUUCAAUGUUCCUUAUCCUCUACCUAAAAUUGAUCUCAUUGCUAUUGCAGACUUUGCAGCUGGUGCCAUGGAGAACUGGGGCCUUGUUACUUAUAGGGAGACUGCAUUGCUUAUCGAUCCAAAAAACUCCUGUUCUUCAUCACGCCAGUGGGUUGCUCUGGUUGUGGGACAUGAACUCGCCCAUCAAUGGUUUGGAAAUCUUGUUACUAUGGAAUGGUGGACUCAUCUUUGGCUAAAUGAAGGCUUUGCAUCAUGGAUUGAAUAUCUGUGUGUAGACCACUGCUUCCCAGAGUAUGAUAUCUGGACUCAGUUUGUUUCUGCUGAUUACACCCGUGCCCAGGAACUUGACGCUCUAGAUAACAGCCAUCCUAUUGAAGUCAGUGUGGGACAUCCUUCUGAAGUCGAUGAGAUAUUUGACGCUAUAUCAUAUAGCAAAGGUGCAUCUGUCAUCCGAAUGCUCCAUGACUACAUUGGGGAUAAGGACUUUAAGAAAGGAAUGAACAUGUAUUUAACCAAGUUCCAACAAAAGAAUGCUGCCACAGAGGACCUCUGGGAAAGUUUAGAAAAUGCUAGUGGUAAACCUAUCGCAGCGGUGAUGAAUACCUGGACCAAACAAAUGGGAUUUCCCCUCAUUUAUGUGGAAGCAGAACAGGUAGAAGAUGACAGAUUAUUGAGGUUGUCCCAAAGAAAGUUCUGUGCCAGUGGACCAUAUGCUGGAGAAGACUGUCCCCAGUGGAUGGUUCCCAUCACAAUCUCUACUAGUGAAGACCCCAACCAUGCCAAACUGAAAAUUCUGAUGGACAAGCCAGAGAUGAAUGUGGUUUUGAAAAAUGUCAAACCAGACCAGUGGGUAAAGUUAAACCUGGGAACAGUUGGGUUUUAUCGGACCCAGUACAGCUCAGCCAUGCUGGAAAGUUUAUUACCCGGCAUUCGUGACCUUUCUCUGCCCCCUGUGGAUCGACUUGGAUUACAAAAUGACCUCUUCUCCUUGGCUCGAGCUGGAAUCAUUAGCACUGUAGAGGUUCUAAAAGUCAUGGAGGCUUUUGUGAAUGAGCCCAAUUAUACUGUAUGGAGCGACCUGAGCUGUAACCUGGGGAUUCUCUCAACUCUCUUGUCCCACACAGACUUCUAUGAGGAAAUCCAGGAGUUUGUGAAAGAUGUCUUUUCACCCAUAGGGGAGAGACUAGGCUGGGACCCCAAACCUGGAGAAGGUCAUCUAGAUGCACUCCUGAGGGGCUUGGUUCUGGGCAAACUAGGAAAAGCAGGACAUAAGGCAACAUUAGAAGAAGCCCGCCGUCGAUUUAAGGACCACGUGGAAGGGAAACAGAUUCUCUCCGCUGAUCUGAGGAGUCCUGUUUAUCUGACCGUUUUGAAGCAUGGUGAUGGCACUACCUUAGACAUUAUGCUAAAGCUUCACAAACAAGCAGAUAUGCAGGAAGAGAAAAACCGAAUUGAAAGGGUCCUUGGGGCUACUCUUUCACCUGAAUUGAUUCAAAAAGUCCUCACGUUUGCACUUUCAGAAGAGGUACGCCCACAGGACACUGUGUCAGUAAUUGGUGGAGUGGCAGGAGGCAGCAAGCAUGGAAGGAAGGCUGCUUGGAAGUUUAUAAAAGACAACUGGGAAGAACUUUAUAAUCGAUACCAGGGAGGAUUCUUAAUAUCCAGACUAAUAAAGCUAUCAGUUGAGGGAUUUGCAGUUGAUAAAAUGGCUGGAGAGGUUAAGGCUUUCUUCGAGAGCCACCCAGCUCCUUCAGCUGAGCGCACCAUCCAGCAGUGCUGUGAAAAUAUCCUGCUGAAUGCUGCUUGGCUAAAGCGAGAUGCUGAGAGCAUUCACCAGUACCUCCUUCAGCGAAAGGCCUCGCCACCUACGGCGUGA